UUCCCCUUUGAAGACAACAUGUUCCAGUCGCUCUUCUAUCCCAUCCAGACGAAAUUCCUGAGCACAGUCAACACUCUGUGUGGUCGGAUUCCACAAGUUUUCCUCAAGCAAAUAGAAAAGACAAUGAGGAAAGUAUUUGAGGAGAAAGUGGUGCAUAACGUCAGACGGGACAAAUAAAAUGAAACUGGACUCCGUGUGGAUCCGGUGUCGUAUCGGCCUCUUUUUAAUGGAGCUGGUUGCUGUGUUUGCACUGUUCAGUACAAAAGACCUGGGGAAAUGUG